AUGUCACCGUCUUCCCCUCUCGACUGGGCUCGAAACCUUUUCAAACUGCGCAGACAAAGCGGUGAAGGCAUCGAGUUACAAGGGAGCAGCCCCGCAGCUGUCGAGGUGCCAUAUGCGAAGGGCAAACGUAGAAACGCUUCAGCGAGGGAGGUUGCGUUAGCGAAACAGAAACAGAAAACGAAAACGAAACCAUUGCACUCAAAGAACUCUACUUCAGGCAGCUCACAGCCUCCCAAGCCCAAUGUCACUAAGCCAUCUUCGCAACCACAGUCUUCGUCAUCCAUCACACCUACUGCCGGCGAUGCUAUGACAGCUACAACUUCAACACCUUCGCGCCCAGAUGCAACGAUAAGACAGGCCGGACUCUGGACUCGCUUCUGGCUCUUUCUUGGCUGUCUCUCUCCUGAAUAUAUGGACGGUUAUAAUUAG